UCUGACCAACUUAUUUAUGAUUUUCUCCUUCUUCAAACCGCAAGCCAUUUGGGGCAAACAGAACAUACUUUGCACCUUCAUCUGGAAUUAUGUGGAUGUUUUCGUUGUGAUUGUUGGCAUUGGUUUGGCAGUGAAAUUUAGGCAGCUCGGCUAUAACUUAUUCAAGUUCAAGGGUAUGCGUAUGCCAGAUAUGUACUGGUCGACGCGACGCAAACAACACCGGAACUUGUGCGAGCUCUGCACACGCAUUGACGGCGCCAUUUCGCUCAUUACCAUGACAUCCUUCUCGAAUAAUUUGUAUUUCAUUUGUGUGCAACUCCUGCAUAGUCUUCAUAAAAUGCCAUCGCUCGCCCAUUUCGCGUACUUUAACUUCUUACUCUUCUUUCUUAUCCGCCGUACGUUGGCCGUUUUAUUUUAAUCGGCCAGCAUCAAUGAUGAGUCACGGAAGUCGUUGCGCGAGUUACGCUGCGUGCCGAAGGAGUCUUGGUGCACUGUGGUGAAACGUUCAUCGGAGGAUAUUAGCACCGAUUUGGUUGCAUUAAGUGGCAUGAAAUUCUUUCAUCUCCCAUGGAAGUUGGUGCUGAGCGUAAGUAUC